CUGAGGGCUUCACACAGCUACUCAGGAGAAACGAAAUGAUCUGCCCUGGAGCCGCAGCAAAAUGCUGGAUGGACACCUACUCCUGGGAUGGUUAUCGUUCACACUGGUAGUCCUUGUCUUCUACUUGCCACCGCCCAGCGCAGCCUAUUUCGGGCUGACAGGUAAUGAGCCACUGUCAAUCCUGCCACUGAACUCUCUACCGGAGGAGAACGUGGGCCGGGCCCACUACAAACUGUGCGACCGGCUCAAACUGGAAAAGAAGCAACGCAGGAUGUGCAGACGUGACCCAGGCGUGGCCGAGACCUUGCGAGAGGCCAUCACCAUGAGCGCCCUAGAAUGCCAGUAUCAGUUCCGCUUCGAGAGGUGGAACUGCACCUUAGAGGGGCGCCACCGAGCCAACAUGCUCAAGAGAGGAUUCAAGGAGACCGCCUUCCUGUACGCCAUUUCUUCGGCGGGACUGACGCACGCCAUGGCCAAAGCGUGCAGCGCGGGCCGCAUGGAGCGCUGCACGUGCGACGAGGCACCCGACCUGGAGAACCGCAAGGCGUGGCAGUGGGGCGGCUGCGGCGACAACCUGAAGUACGCCAAUAAGUUUGUCAAGGACUUCCUAGGCAAGCGCUCCAACAAAGACCUGCGCGCACACGUGGACAUGCACAACACCAACGUGGGCCUGAAGGUCAUCAAGGCCGGUGUGGAGACCACCUGCAAGUGCCACGGCGUCUCCGGCUCCUGCACCAUCCGGACAUGCUGGAGGCAGCUGCAGCCCUUCCACGAAGUCGGCAAGCAACUCAAGCAGCGCUACGAGACCUCGGUCAAGGUGGGCAGCUCCACCAACGAGGCCACGGGGGAGGGCGACAUCUCCCCGUCGGGCCGGAGCCAACAACCGCAGCCGCCGCCGCCCGCGCUCCCGCAGCUCAACGAGCAGAUCCCCCGCACUAUCAACCUACUGCACAUCGAGGACUCGCCCAGCUUCUGCAGGCCCAGCAAGUACUCGUCGGGCACGACCGCCCGCAAGUGCUACAAGGACAAGAACUGCGACGCUAUCUGCUGCGGGCGGGGUCACAACACGCAGAGCCGGGAGGUGACGCGGCCCUGCCAGUGCCAAGUGCGCUGGUGCUGCUACGUGGAAUGCAAGCAGUGCACGCACAGGGAGGAGGUGUACACCUGUAAGGGCUGAACGCCGCCGCCAUUACAGGAGUGGGGACACUGAUAAGCACUUUGAGGGAUUCCAAGACAAACUUCUUCUCAGACAACUGGGUGAACAUCUCACGCCUUAAGCAGACUCUACUUAUUCGACUUUUCACGUGCAAGCAUAGCCACGAGAGUGAAGGAAGGAGACGGACGACCCGUGACGGGGAUCCCGUGACGGGGAUCCAUCGACGACUUCCAACAAAAACCAGACAGGGUGUAAGAAUUUUACUCUACACGCACAUAUCUACGCGCGCACACAUUGUGUGUUUGCAUAUGCAUGUAUAUAAGUUUAUAAAGAACGUUUUAUAUAUUGUAUACAAGCCACUUAUGUCAUUUUAUGGUAAAAAGAAAAAAAACCACUAACUGCACAGACGCUUUGCUGUUUUGUGCGACUGUUGCCGCCUUUUUCAUGUGGUGGGGAAAACAAAUUGAAACUUUUUUCUUUUUAAUAGAUCAUUUGCAGCUGUAAGUUGCAUUUUGAAAAUAACUGGACACUUUCUUAGAGACGCCUGCGCCGCCACACAAAAGAUUCCGUUUUUUUUUUUGUGCCUAUCCAAAGAUAAUGACGCUCGCAAUGUUUAUUAUCGUGUUGGUCGUCUCAUGUCAAUUAGCAAAACGAUCGGGACCAAAUUUUAGAAACGGGGCCGUUCUGCACAACCAACCGCAAUAAUAAACAAUGUUAAAUCAUUUUGGACAAUUCUAUGUGGGAACAUUCUCUUUUUUGUUCCCUGGUUUUUGGAGCGGCGCAGGUGUACCUAAUAUUGUGACUGACGGGUGGAUGCAAAUGAGGAAUACAAAUACAAUACGUCCCUCUGCCUUCUUCCGAACGUUCAGGGAAUAGAUUCAGACCACUACGACUGUUUGGGGGGAAACCAUCCAUCAUGAAGACGACAGCGGCCUUGCUAGAAAAAAAUGCGGCCGGACGUAGCAACCAUAUUAUUACCGUUGAGCCAUAUUCCUCAUUAGCAUAAGCACCCGGUCAUCUGAUGCCCUUAUUGUAGACCGUGAAGAUAAAAGCUUCUGAAUUGUCUGCACUUAGCUUCUGGUAAUCAUCUAUAAGAUAUGCAGAUCUUGUUUGUGACUACUGAGUGAGAGAGGGGGGGACCCAGCUUUGUAUGAUAGCAUUCAUUCCCACACUGAAAGCCAAAAAGCCCUUUAUAGUAUUUUUUUGUUGAAAUCUAUAUUUAUGGAUGCAGCACAGAUAUUUUUUUUUUUAAUUGUAAAUAGGUUUCUUUUCCUGUGGUAAUAAGACACGUGAUCAACUAUCGCAAGAAAUGAUUUUCAGUGACACCCCACAGUUUUGUCUAAAAAAAAAAAAAAAAUGUACAGGCAAUGUUUAAAGUCAUGUUAACAUUAUUAACUGUCAUACAGUUAACCAGUCAAAUAUAAAAAAAUGUGACAAAAUGUGUAGAAAUCGACAGGAGUCCGAGCUCACAACAAAAAUAGGGAAACCUAAAACCAUAAAUCCUUUAAUGACAUAUGAAAUGACAUCUAGUGAGGUGCAUUGCGUUGUUUGGACUCCAUGUUUCAUCCAAAUGUCACGUUGGGGCGUUGGAGCUUCCCCCGCACAGAUUCUAAUCAUAGAUCCUGCACCCAGCCACCGUGGUCCAGAAUUUCGAUAAGCAAAUAAAAGCCGCGCAGAAGUUUGCACGCUACAUGCAAACCAUAAUAACUAUGCAGCGCAAAUGCCUGCCUGCCACAGCACACUUUUGGUAUGUGCUCACCCCCCACCCCACCCUUCCACCAAGAAAACACCAACUUCUCUUGGCUGAUGAGCCCGUUGAAGACAAACAGGAAUACCAAAUGCCCACUGAGUGCAUUUUUCUGGCUCCGCUUAUAGAUUGUAUUUAAGGAGAAUGAUGCUGCAAGAUGAUGAUGUCACGCAACAUUCUCAAAAUCCAAAACUCCGCACUGUUUAGUUAGCAGAAGACCAUGUACAAAAAAAAAAAAUCUAUUUUGUAGAAAAAAAAGUAAAUAAAUUAUUUUUAAAUAUAUUAUGAGCGUGUGUUUAGUGUAAAUACGACUAAAUUGAUUUUAUAUCCAGUAUUUUGUAUUUUUUUUUGGUUUGUUUUCAAGAAGCAUGCAAACUUGCUGUUUUUCAAAGCACUAACAAAAUCCUAACAAAUGUGUAUUCAUGCGCACCAUCUCCACAAUAUCUCCAUCGGAUUUGAUCUGUUUGUAUAAUCCACUACUUUCGUGAAAAGCCUUUUAUAACAUGUUGUCACUUUUACAAGUACUCUUUGUUUUUUAUUAGGGUUUGUGCAGUGCGUGUACAAACACACAGCCCGAUACCAACAAGGUUUUUGUCAUGUCUUAUGGGAACCCUAAAUUAUUGUCCUCUACCUCAUGUGUAUAGCUCGUACAUAAGCAGAUCACAAAUGACUGGUAAGAAUGUAUUUAAGUUAUUUAACAUCUUUGUAUAACAAAGGAGAGACAAGAAAUCUGAAAUAAUAAAAAUGAAUUUUUAAAUUA